AUGGACAACUCGACUUCUGGGGGCCUGCCCGCCCGAGUCCCCGCUGGGGAGCCCGAAACCGAGGAGCCGCUGGGUCUGGGCCAGCUGCCCACGGAGCUGCUCGAGAUGGUGCUGAGCCACGUGCCCCCUCACGUGCUGCUCGGGCGCUGCCGCCGGGUGUGCUGGCGCUGGCGCGACCUGGUGGACUGCCAGGCCCUGUGGCUGAGCAUCUUGGCCCGGAAACACGCUGCCCUGUGGCCCAUCGUCAGCACCUGCCUGCCGGCCGCCGACGACCCCAGGCCCUGCGUCCUGGGCCGCUUCUGCGAGCGCCGACCCAUAGGACGCAACCUCCUCCAGAACCCCAGGGGCGAAGGUGGGGAGCCCAGGAAAGGGGUCCUCAUGGGAGCCGGUGGGUGGUGUCAGAAAAAGAAGCAAGUGUUGGACCUGGAGAAGGAGAGAUUUUGGCCAGAACUCCUGGAUAGUGGAAAGAUCGAGAUUUGUGUCUCUGACUGGUGGACCGGCCGACAAGGCACUGACAAUAUAUAUCAUCUAAUUAUCCAACUUCUAGAUGCCAACUAGUCCGUCCUGGAUCAUUUCUCUUCUGUACCUAUGCCCGUUCGGCAGUGGAGAAAUAGCAUCUCCUUUGAGGUCAACCAUGUGUUCUCCAACUUCAAGAAGGGCGUCCGCUUUGUGUCUUGUGAACACUGGGUCCAGGACAUGGAGUUCUUUUCUGAACAUUAUGGAGUCUAUCUGCCCAACUCCAGUGUGAUUGUGCAGGUCCGUCUGUCCUAG